AUGUCUCGGACUCGCCAGGUCCCGUCAGAGGCAGCAAGUAGUUCUCAAAUUCAAUCGACCGAGGAGCAUCCCAACAAUCCAUCAGCUGUUCUUGUCUCAGCCACCUUGCGGUUAAGAGCAGGAGAUGGGCCCGCUGCUAGUACGUUCAAUCAGGACGAGAGCACAUCUCGACACAUACGGUGGAGUGAAGAUGUCAUAGACAACGAAGGAAUGGGGAAGAAAAGUUCCAAAGUAUGCUGCAUUUACCACAAAAACCGGUCUAUUGGCGACAGUAGCUCAGAAUCCGAGUCCUCAGACUCCAGUGCGCCUGAUUCUGAUACAGAUAGCGACAGCGAAUCGGGCUAUCAUAGAAGGUCAGGACAGCGCCGGCCUUCAAAUCAAAACGAUAAUCACAUCACUUGUGACCAAAGGGCUUCACCAGGAGGAGAACGACCAGCCCAUCGCCAUGCAAAAAAGGCGAAGCGAAAACCAAGCCCAAAUGCCUACGAAAAGAUGCCCAAAACCGCGAAGGGCCGCUGA